GGGGGGGGCUUCCUCUUCUCCGGCGAACACACUCAGCGACAACGACACAAACGGAAGUACUACUUGUGUGAUUGGGCGACACCUCUUUGCUAGCUCCGAACUGUCAUGUUGAAGACUGUUUAUCUCUAGUUUGGCAGCUGGAUAAUUUAUUCAGCAUUCAACGGACUUAACUUUCCCCCCGGCACCGAUAUCCCCUUGAUGUGUGCCUAUGAGCUGCGAGACAACAGUGUGACCAGGAACAAGGCUGUCGAUGGGGAAAAUAAGUUGUCCGCCAGCCGUCUCCGAGGAUUUCUCAUCUCGUUUUUUGAGUCAUGGUCUCAGCUUGGUAACUCUGUCAGAAUGACGGGAGUUUCCUUCCAGAUGCGCGCCUCGCUGGAGUGUAUUAAUAUGUGAGUAGAGUGGAGGACCGAGGCCUGGCCCUGCCUGCGCUCUCCUGUUGUGGCCUGGGUUUGGAUACAAGCUCCUGUGCACCGGAUCAGCAGCGUUAAUUACGGCUCGGAGAUUACCCGUGUCUGGCCUGCGCACACACACUGUGAGGACUCAGUUUGGCGUUAUAGAUGCGAGCCGUGUGGAGCCCCUGUGGUGGGAAGAAGACCGGAGCCGAGGCAAACUUGGACACUUUUAAGACAUGAAUGAUCUGCUUCCCAUGUGACAGGCUUUAGAUCACACUGUUCUAUCAACACGGGGAAUCUCAUCCGGAGGGAGGGGGUGCCACCUCUAUCAUGAGGGACAUCUAGGGCCAGCGACUUUUUAUUUAUUGAGGGGGGCGCGGGUUACUUUUUAGUCAAAAGUUUUUAUUCAACAUUGUUGGCAGUAGCACAGUACAGAUAUUCAGACUUGGGUGGCCAUUACUGUACUCUCAUGACAUGCUCUCCGUUAUUAGCCCCGGGCUACAGUAGCCUAAUGGUGUGAAAGCAAGAAAACUCAUUUAGAGGAAGUGGGUCAGAUCCUUGUUGGCAUUAUGAUGAGGAGGCACACCGGAAUGGUUUCUCUACCCACACUUUUAAAGUAGCAGGUGUUGUCAUUUUCACAUUUCCACAGUUUUUAAUAGUUUCAUCCGUCGACAGAUAGCUUGCAUCACUUUUAGGCAGCUUCUGGCGGGUCAUUGAAUGGCUCUUUGCGGCACAACGGCUACAAAUGUUCCAAAAAUGAUGGCUGCUUACAACGGUGGCUCUUCUACAGUAGCUGCCCAUCACCCGCAUCACCACCACCAACUCCAGCACCUUCCGCCUCCCCACAUGCACCACCACCACGCGGGCCAGCAUCACUUGCAGCACCCGGGCUCCGCCGCCGCCGUGCACACGGUGCAACAGCACGGCUCCACGGCUGCUGCAGCUGCUGCAGUGAUGCUCAACCCCGGCCAGCAGCAGCCGUAUUUCCCAUCUCCUGCUCCGGGACAGGCUCCCGGACCGGCGGCUCCCGCCCAGGUUCAGGCAGCCGCUGCUGGGAAAGUUCACCACCACCAACACCAGCAGCAGCAGCAGCACCACCAUCAGCAGCAGCAGCAGCAGCACACGCUCCACCUGCAGCCGCAGCUCGAAAUAGAGCCUGACAGGCCCAUCGGCUAUGGAGCGUUUGGGGUUGUUUGGUCAGUGACAGACCCCAGAGAUGGAAAGCGAGUUGCCCUCAAAAAAAUGCCGAAUGUCUUCCAAAACCUUGUUUCUUGCAAGAGGGUGUUUCGGGAGCUGAAGAUGCUAUGCUUCUUCAAACAUGAAAAUGUUCUCUCUGCUCUUGACAUAUUACAACCUCCGCACAUUGACUACUUUGAAGAAAUCUAUGUGGUGACUGAACUGAUGCAAAGUGACCUCCAUAAGAUCAUCGUAUCACCACAGCCUCUGAGCUCAGACCACGCCAAAGUGUUUCUAUAUCAGAUUCUACGAGGACUUAAAUACCUUCAUUCUGCUGGCAUCCUACACCGAGACAUCAAACCUGGCAACCUCCUGGUCAACAGCAACUGUGUGCUCAAGAUUUGUGACUUUGGCCUGGCCCGGGUGGAGGAGUCGGAUGAGUCCCGAAACAUGACUCAGGAAGUGGUGACGCAGUACUACCGGGCUCCUGAGAUCCUCAUGGGGAGCCGCCAUUACUCCAACUCCAUCGAUAUCUGGUCUGUGGGCUGCAUCUUCGCCGAGCUGCUGGGGAGACGCAUCCUCUUCCAAGCCCAGAGUCCCAUCCAGCAGCUGGAUCUCAUCACUGACCUGUUGGGGACUCCCUCCAUGGAGGCCAUGAGGACGGCGUGUGAAGGCGCUCGCACACACAUCGUCAGAGGACCCCACAAACAGCCAUCACUUCCUGUCCUGUACACUCUGUCGAGCCAAGCCACGCAUGAGGCCGUGCACCUCCUCUGCAGGAUGCUGGUGUUUGAUCCGUCGAAGAGGAUUUCAGCGAAGGACGCCCUAGCUCACCCUUACCUGGACGAGGGUCGCCUGCGCUACCACACCUGCAUGUGCAAAUGCUGCUAUACAACCUCCACCGGCCGCGUCUACACCAGCGACUUCGAGCCCGUCACUAAUCCUAAAUUUGACGAUGGCUUUGAGAAAAAUCUCAGCUCAGUGAGACAGGUCAAAGAGAUCAUCCAUCAGUUCAUCCUGGAGCAGCAGAAGGGGAGUCGGGUGCCGCUCUGCAUUAACCCUCAGUCAGCUGCUUUCAAGAGCUUCAUCAGCUCCACGGUGGCUCAGCCCUCUGAGAUGCCUCCCUCCCCGCUGGUGUGGGAAUAGCUGCUGCUGUGCGUCCUCACCUUUCCAACACGCUGCUAGAUCGGGAACAGGAACGCGUCGUUACGUCUUCUAUCGUCUGCGUAGCAUUUCACUGGAGAGCAGGACUCGCAGGUCUGCUGAAAUAUGAAACCACGAAGAGAGAUCCACUGAUCACUGCUUUAGAGCGGGUAGAGGAGCUCGGUAUGCAAAUGAAAGCUCUGUAGACCAAAUCAGAAUGUUUUAAACAAACUCUUCUGGUUACUUCCAGGUAGAUUACACUUAUUGUACAUUUGUUUAGUUAUAUAUAUUAAUAUACAUUUAAAAAAAGAUGUCUAUUUUAACAUUUCUGUGAUCACAAAUUCAUUUCCCUACUCAAUCAGGCCACUGAAAACGAAAUCCAAUCUUCAGACAAUCGAUUGUAAUUGUAGGUAGGCUUAAAGCUCCCCGUAUUUUAUAAGAACAUGCACUUGAUAUUUUAACUUAUUAAAAAUUAAUUAUUACAGGCAUGUAACCCCCCUGUAUCCCCAAGUGUUCCCCUGCACAGUUGGCCAUCGUUUUUAACUGAUGUAACAGUUGAUUUGCCAAAGAUCAGGAGCCUCAUGUAUAAAUGCAAGAUGUGGGCAGAUCUGCAAUGUUGGGAUUUAUAACAUUUUAGCCGUCUGAAUUUUGUACGUUUCUACCCGACGUCAGGAGUUCACAAUCUUUAAUGGCUGCAAUUUACUAGUCAAUAAAUCAGGUCUUUUUAUAACCACAUUUUCUUAACCUCAGUGCAACAUGUCAUGUGGUUAAAGAAGGAUAGUGAGGUGAAGGAGGAUUGGUCAGGAUUUAGCAAAAAAACACCGUCACUAGCGAUCAUAGUUCGCCUUUCCGUUUAAUUUGUCGUUAGACGUCCUAAACAUUUAAGCACUUUGGCAAGAUAUGGCAUAAGGUGGAAAAUAUUAUAAAUAAGCACCGUCAUUUAAAUAAUCUGCCAUGAUUCUUUGUUUCCAGAAAUGGCCUGAAGGAAAGUUUUAUCUGAUUCCCACCCUUUUCCGUUAUGAACCCUCCUUAUCAAACAGACAAUUAGAAUCCAUCAGACGCAGAAACCUUCUGUCAUUUCUUUACCGAGCACACCAUAGCGCUAUGGUCUAUUUAGAUCAAUUAUAAGGGAAGAAUAAUAAUAAACUAAAUCGCACACUUAGACAUUUAUUUAUGGUUCUUCUAUAUCUCCAUGAAGAUGAGCGUAUACACAAAUCCACAAAUGUUUGGCAGACAAGGACAGUCAUACAGGAAUAUAAGUGUGUAGUAUACAUGUGUAAGAACAUCAAAUUAAGUACAUGCUAUUUUGCGCAUAAUUAAAGUUUAUACAUGAGGCCCCUAAACAUUUCUAAAUAUUCUCUGUAAUAUUAAGUUGAACCUGGUCCAAUAUGUAAACUUGAAGGGGCAGGUUUAUUUCCAUUGGAAGUAUUGCGUGUUCACAGUGGUCAGUAGAUUAGAUUUUAUGCUAAACUUGUGUGGGGUUUUUAAGAUAAAUAGUCUUUGUUUUUGUUGAAGGAAUUCAGUGUUGAAGGUGAGGGUUUAAAGGCUCAUUUACAUGAAGAACAAUUGAACCUUUCCAUGGACAGGAAACACGUUUUAAAGGGACCACUCUGAAGGAUACCCUCCUACUAUGCCCCGCUUCAAAAACACCUUUCCCCGUGGCACUUGUACUGCUCAUACUCAGCUCAGCACUCGUGUGAUAGUGUAGUUGCUCCAGACAUCUUUAGUGAACUGGGAAAUGUUGAGUACCCCAAAGUUUUAUGAUAGAAAUGUGUAUAUAAAGUACAGGUCUACAGCACAUAGAAGCAGCUGGAUGCCAACUUGAAUGUGUUGGGCAAUUAGCAAAAUUAGCAUAUGUGUUUUAAUUAGCAUGAAUUAACAUCAGCCUAUGGGGACAAUAGUUAGAAAAUGGCUUGACAGAUUUGGACUAUUUUAAAGUGGUUUUGGGGUUAUUCGAGAGCUGAAUUCAUGUUAGACUUUAAUAUAAAAAAUGGCAUUAAUUUUGGGUGGAUUUGAAAGAUAUAUGGGAGAAGAGAAGAAGGAAACUUUAUCGUUCCACAGAGGGGAAAUUUACAUUCUGCGUUUGACCCAUCCUAGUGUUAGGAGCAGUGGGCUGAGAUAUGCACGGUGCCUUGCUCAGGGACACUUUGGUAGCACUUGAUUUUUCAGGGACUUGAACCGGUGACCUUCCCGACUGAAUUCGCCACCACCGAAAGCAGAAAAACUGCCGUUUUUGAUCCUGAAAAUGUCCAAUAUGGAUUCAUCAUCCUCAAUAAUCCCCAUAACCACUCCAACAUUUUCCAAAUCAGCCAAGCAAGGUUUUUUACUAUGGUUUACAUAAGCUAAUAUGCUAAUUGUGCUAAGUGCCCAACAUGAGCAAGUUAGCAUCCGGCAGUUUCUAUGUGCUGGGGGCCCCUGCUAUACAUUUCUAUCAUAGAACUUUGGUGUACUCAACAUUUCCGGGUUCACUAUGCUAGCAACCAGACUUCCUUGCUAAACAGUCCUGUGAGCAAAACUGAUUUUUUGUUAUGAAUGAAUGUGUGCCACCCUCUUGUGUGCCUCCUAACUUCACUGGUUAUCAGUAAGGCAACUAUUAACACACUUGGCCAAACUGAGCUAACUUUACCCCAAAGAAUAGGAAGAGAAAGACUCAGGAAUAAAACCAGAGAGUCCGCACUGAGCUGAAACAUGUAAGCCCUCCCUUGUACCCCGCUACACUUGCUUGAAUUGCUCCGUGUACAAACCACUUAGAUAUUAAGGAUUUAAAACCCCUGCUACCUGUGUGGGAAGAUCCAAGAAAACUUCAGUUUACACCACAAUUUAUUACCCUAAAGCUGCAUUCACAUGAUAUGCUGUAAAACGGCCUGUUCUGUUUCUAUGGAGAAGCGCUUAGGUGGAAGCUCUAGGCAAAAAGGAACCCUUCAUGGUCCCACAGAGCGGACAUUUACAUCCUGCAUUUGACCCAUCCUAGUGUUAGGAGCAGUAGGUACCCAGGGAGCAGUGUGCCUUGCUCAGGGACACCUCUGUAGCACUUGGUCUUUCAGGGUCUUGAACCGGUGACGUUCCAGUUCCCAAGCUGAGUCCCUACGGACAUCGCCACCACGCCCCCCCCCCCAACUACUCUCUUCCAUCUCCGUCGCAGACUUCUUGAAAUGGUCGCAGAGCCCUUCACUCACAGUUCAAUUUUUUCCAAUUUCGACGUGGUUACCACUGACGUUUCAACGUGCAACCAAUCAGAUAAGAGCUGUAUGGAGCGGCACAAGCUAUGACCUAACCCUAGAAGCUAAGCUGCUGAGCUAAGAGAACCCUAGCUAAGAGUAAUUUGAGUAUCAUGUGAAUCCAGCUUAACCCUAACCCUACCGUAUGCCACCCUUCCUGUUUCUUGAGUCAACCGGUCGAUUGUGAAUGAAAAAUGCUUUUUAUUUAUAACUCCCAUAUCUGAUACGUGCCAAGCAGAGGAGCUGCUUUGUGUCGGCAACAGUCCCCAACCGGGUCAUUUUAAUCAGCUCUAUCGAAAGCGAGUUGAAAUUCCAUUGUAACAGAUCAACUGAAGGGGAUAAGGACUAUAUUCUCGUAUUGUUGGGGAGGAAGACGGCUAACGCUAUGUCAAUCAGAUCCAGAUUGUAGAGAAAAUAUAAACUAAAGACUGGUAGCUCAGACAGGACAGUCUUCCUCUGGAACGCUGUAGAACGACACGAAAAACGGGGAACAAUCACUCUCGUGAACAAAAUGUCAAAAUCGAGAAAGCGCACCAAGGUAAAGAAGCAGUUUAAUCUCCAAUAUUAUCAAGAGUUUUCUUCUAUAUGAAUAUAUCAAACAUACUACUGAGCGACUUUUUCCAUUGGAUUGCUUUUAGCUGCUCACCAUAGAAACAAGUAGCACAUGAAUGAUGGCAUGGUCUCAUCUAUACGGGGAUUUUCUAAAUCCACUGCCCCCCUCCCUUCCUCAUACUGUCGCCCCCCCCAAAAAGAGCUUUGAAGUAAAUUAUUUAAUAUAUUUUUCAGAAUUGUUUUCUAUUGCUGUUCUUGUGUUCUACAGCAUGCAUUAUUCCCCACACCUUAAAGUAUGAUGUGUAUAUAUGGUAAAUAUAGAAAACUACACACAAACCUAGAAAACAAAACCACUGUAUAGAAAUUGUAUUAGCCUGCACCUUUGGAGGGCUGUGAAGUUCCUUUUUAUUUUUCAAACUUGCAUACAAAUGUAUAUAUUUUCUUGGUUUUUACCCUGCUACUAGAAGAAUCCUGAGUCGUUUGAUCUGUGUGUACAGCAGAGUUGUAGAUAUAUCUAAGGAGAAGCCUUUUUUUGUUAUUGUUGUUAAUGAUUUCACCACAGCAGCACUGUGUGAAUAUGUAUAUAAAUGAUUCACCGUGUUGGUCUCUACCUCUGAGCUCAAUAUCUUGGCUUUGUUUACCUCCACACCUUUUUGAUUUCACGUGGGGAUGAUUUGAAAACACUUGAAUGUCCAUUCAAGCUUUUAUACUGAUUAAUAUGGACUGCUUCCCCCUGCAAACUUUACCGCACUAUCCAAACAUUCACCUGAAAUUUUAAGAAAUCAUCCAGACGUUUGUAUUACAAAGUACCACCGAUGGCCAAGGGUUCCCUGACUGUUAGUCUAUUUUCACUGUUCGAUAGAGCAGGAGGGCGGGGAGAGCGACGCUCGCCACAGUGGCUGUGUUCAAAGCUCACUGGCAACGAUUCGAUUCAAACAGGACUUAUUUUAGACUCUCAGAUAACAAACUAACUUCUUCUUUUGGCUUAUUGGACGGUGUCUCUUUUUUUGCAGGCUGAACUAUAUAUAUAUUUUUAAUGAAUCAGAAUCCACUAAAUAAUUCACAUUUUAAGUAUGAAUCCUAUGAGGAAUUCACUUUGGAUUUGGCUUUCAAUAUUGCUUUAACCGUGAAUAACAAAAACACAAAGUUUGUAUUUUGAUAUAUUUUUGUUGAAAUGUGUCAUCCCCUCUAUCCCCCCCUUUCAAAUCUUUCUCAUUAUUAAAGCUAAACCAGCCAGAAAAUCUUAAAGCUAUAUAUAGAUAAGUUAAAUGCAUGCUUAUAGAAAAUAUAGGUUAAAAAAGAGGUAUUCGUGCUAUUUCACAACCGAGAGAUGGGUUGGAUAUGAAAACCUUGUAUGAGAAGCUCUAAAAAAAAUAUAUACACACACACACACACACACACACACACACACACACACACACACACACACAGUGUGUUUCCAUUUGUUUGCAGAGCUAGGAUUGGCUGCUUAUUUUCCCAUAACUCACACUAUUCUGCUGCUGUUUGGAGUAAUACUUCUUCCUAGUGUUGGCAGACAUUGGGUCAACACAAAGUUUUAACCCUAGAAAACCAAACAAAACUUCAAUUUGACACAAGGAAAUUAAGAAAACAUCCUCAUCGCUUUCUCCAGGGCGGCAUUUAGAAAAAAAAAGGAAAGUCAGCGUUGUCUGUUUGAAACCACACAUGGAAGUAUUUCCAUGUGUAACUAAACAAUAACAAGUCAUGAUGAUGUUGAGAUCCAACUGAAAAUGUGAUGUAUGAUAUUAGCUUUCAGGUUCAAGUGCCAGGUUUGUUACAAAUACAAAGUAAUUUCAGAAGUGGAUAUAGCGCUGGAUGUCGACCAGAAUGCCCUGACUCUUGAGUACCGGAUCAUCCGGGGUCUGGAACCAUGGAGCAUUCUCACCUUAAUUUCCCUUAGGCCCCGCUUCCAAUCAAACUUUUCAGGUCUGUUGGCAUUAAAAGAAGGUUUAUUCAAGUGUUCGUACUAGGUAGUUGACAUACCGCCAACAAAAUUCGAUUUACAGACUUCCCUCUCCUAAUGUAAGUCAAUGGGAGUAAUGUAAUUAUUGUCACCCAGAUGACGUCAAGGACUGACACAGAAGUUGUAGUACCAACAUUUGGCUACUACGAAAAUUAGCUUUGACAUCCGGCUGACUUUAACGGAGGCUUGCUUAAUAAUGCAGUCUCUAAUAUGCUUCUGUUUUUACAAAUCCCUUUUGCCAAUCAACUGCAAACCACUCCCUCCUAGAAUCCCACACAACGCCAACUGGAUGUGAAGGUGUUUUUUAAUUUCCUUGUGUUUUAUAUGACAGAAAAAUAUUAAAGUGUUUACCUACAUAUUUGGUUUUUCUUAGGUAUCACUCAUUAAACUCGUUAUAGCUCCCUUUUCGAUCAGUCCCUAAUAAUUUGAUUUAUUCAAAUGGAAACAGCUUCACAAGGGAUUUACCACCCCGAACUGUUAUGAAAAAAUAACUGCACCUUGACAUUGGGUAAUAUUCAUCAUUGAGGAUUAUCUCUUAACCAUUCACCAAGGACUCUUCUGAUCCAAAUGAGGUUACAGGACAGAGACAUGCCAUGGGUGUCUAUUGGAAACUCGAUGGGAAUUUUCUCAGGAAUGAACACAGCUAGCAGUGGUACUAGUCCCUCUCCCUCCCCUUGCUGCCUGUAUGAACUCUUUGUGUAGAUAUACUAGUUUCCUAUAUGUUUUAUUUUGUGUUGGAAUGAAGUACUUGAAUCAAAUGAUGCUCAAUUUUGAAAAAUUGUAAAGUAAUAACUGACAAACGUGUGUUAGACUAACCCCAACUCAGCAACUACUGGACUCUUUGGAUUCAUAAUUUGCUGUCUUCUACAAUGUUUGUAUAUUUGAUGUUUUAAUCAGAUGCAUUGUAAUUUGAAUAAAACUUGCAGUAUAUACAGUACAUAGAUGUAUCUAAUAAGCUCUGCGUUCAAGCACUGUAAAUCAAACUUAAUGACUAAAUAUUAGUUGUCAUAUGGGAAGUGUUAGGUACACCUUUAAAGGUUCCAUCAAAAGAAUAAUGGUGAAAACAUUAAAUGUGACAUCUAAAGAUU